AACGUCGAACGUGAAACUCGGGGACGCUUGCCACAACAAGAAAUAUAUAUCCAUUGCUGAACCGCCAUGAGUUCAGCCUCUGUUCGCCUGCUCAGUAAAACCAAACAAACCGCUCGCAUUGCCAUCGUGGGAGCGGGGUCCGCCGGGGUAGCAGCUGCCACCCGUCUCCUGGAGCUGGGAUUCCGGAACGUACUCCUGCUCGAGGCCGAAGAUCGCGUAGGGGGACGCGUCCACACUAUUCCCUUUGCGGACAAUGUCGUAGAUCUGGGCGCCCAGUGGUGCCACGGCGAGAAGGGAAAUGUGGUGUACGACAGGGUCAAGGAUCUAAAUCUGCUGGAGGUUACGGAAAACCACUAUGAAACCAACAAGCUGGUGCGGUCCAACAAAGAAGUUAUACCCGAAGAUGUAGCAGUCCAACUUAAGGGCAUAGCCGACAACUCAAUACCGGACAGGCAGACGGAGCUCGUGGACUUCGAGGGCUCCUUGGGCGACUAUAUCAACAAGAAGUACUGGAAGGAACUGGAAAAACUCCCGUCCAUCGAUGGCACCGUUGCCAAGGAGUACCUGGAGGUGUUCCACAAGUUCGAGUCCUCCGUGGAGGCGGCGGAUCACCUGUUCGAGGUCUCUGGAAAGGGCCACCUGGAGUACUGGCUCUGCGAGGGCGAACUGCUGCUCAACUGGCAGGACAAGGGCUACAAGAGGUUUCUGAGAUUACUCAUGAAGGCCCGGGAGGACCAGCCCGAAGAUCUUGGUGUCCUCAAGGGUCGUGUUCUGCUGAACAAACGAAUUGCCGAGAUUAAUUGGCAAGGAGCGGAUGAGCUUACCCUCCGCUGUUGGAACGGAGAGGUCAUCACCGCGGAUCAUGUCAUAUGUACGGUUUCCCUGGGAGUUCUCAAGGAGCAGCACGAGAAGCUCUUUGUUCCCGCCCUGCCAGCUGCCAAGGUGAGAGCCAUCCAGGGUCUCAAACUGGGCACGGUGGACAAGUUCUUCCUGGAGUUCGAGAGUCCCCCGCUGCCUGGUGACUGGCCUGGAUUCAAUUGUCUGUGGCUGGAGAAGGACCUGGAGGAGCUGCGGGCCUCCGAACUCUUUUGGCUGGAGAGUGCCUUCGGCUUCUAUUCGGUGUCCAGGCAGCCACGCUUGCUGCAGGGCUGGAUCAUAGGACCCCAUGCCCGGCACAUGGAGACGCUCACGGAGGAGAAGGUGCUGGAGGGCCUGAUGUGGCUCUUCCGCAAGUUCCUGCCCUUUGAGAUACCCCUCCCACGGCGGCUGCUGCGCACCCAGUGGCAUGCGAAUCCCAACUUCCGGGGCAGCUACACCUUCCGCUCCACGUACACGGAUGCGUUGCGGACCGGUGCCUGGGAUCUGGAGGCGCCGCUCCAGGAUGUGGGCGGCCGGCCACGCCUCCAGUUCGCCGGCGAGGCCUCGCACAAGCACUUCUACUCCACGGUGCACGGAGCCGUGGAGACGGGAUGGCGCGAGGCGGAGCGACUGCACCUCUACUACCGGUCGCGAACCGCUCACCUUUGAGGCUCAGCCUGGUGAGACCGGGUGAAUGUUUCCGGGAGCCGUGAAAUCGAGAUUGGCCACAUGCAAUGGGGCGUGAAAACCACAAUUUUGUAUAGGUGUAUUAUAUUUGAGUGCUGUGUUGAGUCUUAUUUGUUUAUGAUUUUCGCUAUGGCAGCUAUCCGAACUAUAUAAACUGAAAAAUAAAUCUGAAGAUGCUUGUUUUAAA